AGCGGACGGCCGUGGAAUGUAGAAUUGUUCAGUGCGGUUCAAGAAUCGAUUUUAUUCGUGUAUUACAAUAGUAUAAAAUGGUAGAAAACCGCUUUAAUACCGCUGGGAGCAGAUCCUACUCACGUUGAUGAAAAACGUUCACCGUCGCCGACGAUGGCGAUGGACCAGUCGGAACAUUCUGAAAUACAUUCUUCUACAUUAAAGUCGGAACAUUCUGAAAUACGAUCGUUCGUGAAGUUCGUCAACACCACGCUGCGGGCAGUGGAUGUGUUUUGGGUUAACUAUUCCGCCAAACUGAUUCAUUACACGACCCUGGAACCCACGGCCCAGUGCACGGUCAACACUUACGUUACGCACCCGUGGAUGUUCUUGGAUAAGGCGUCGGGCGAGCGGAUGCACGUGAGGCACAACCAUGUUUACAUGCCCGAACCGUGGUACACGAAUAUCGACGGCGAUGGCAGGUUGGCGAGAAAGGAGAUUACCAUCCAUUUUCCGGUGCGCACACUACGGGAGAAUUGCUUGUGGCGCAUCCUGACGAUGGCCCGCGAAGAGGAAACGCUGCGGGAACUAGAGAUUCCAAAAAUACUAGUGGAAGAGCUGAUACGACGGAGACGAAAUAAAGCGGCGCCCCGGUGAAGCCUAGUGACGGUUCCUUGGGCGGUUAUUUCUUUGAGAAAAAUGAUCCGUCAUCAGUUGAGCACGUUGAGCUUAAACACCAAAAGCGGCAGGGCGUUGAAAUAGUAGUUCCAUUUAUUUCUCAUUAAUCUAGGUAUUGCCUCAAGUACCCCGGAUUUAUGUUGAACUUGACAUAAACAUACUUCACUCUACAUUCAAACGGUUUA